ACUUUUUAAAAAAGUUUUUUGUUGUGUUAAGGUGACCAAUAAAAACCGUGGGUGAACGUCACUGCGGAUUUAUAAAGGGAGAGAAUUUGGAAGAGAUCUUGUAAUUGUACCAUACGGAGGAACUGAGGGGACCCGGAGUAGCCGUUCUUAAUUCUAUAUUAAAAAUUACAGCUGAAAGUCGAUACACACUAGAGGAAAUAUUUAGGAAAAAAAUAGUUUUAGUAAACAUUUAUAACAACCAGCAAUAAAGAAAACAACAAGAAAACGAAAGAAGCCACUGAAUUGUCCAAGCGUUCACAGGGAGACAAUUCAUCCGGAAAGUAAGGAACAGUAACUGGUGAUUCAAUCGACAUUCGAUUAUCUUUUCUUUGUUUUCGCGACAAGCUUUGAUCAAGUACAUUUCGUAUCAAGGAUGAAGCCAGGCGACAUGAUGGUCAUCUGCUCAGUGACAGUGGUAGUGCUACUGGUCAUCUCCCACGCGCAGGCUGCACCAUGGAGAGACGAUGCUGACGAAACACCACAGAACUUCCAAGAUGGAGCCGAACCUGAUCUGGCUGCCUGGCUCCUACAACGGUCAAAUAUCUUCAACAGGUCCUCAAGAGGUAACAUAGACGCAGGUUUCGGUGCCAGACACAGCAUCCUCAACUCGUACCUGGACUCCAUCAGAG